AUGACAGGUCCCAAGGCUCCAAGCGGCGCUGGAGGCUGCGUUCGGCUGGAGCUGCGGAGACGGAUAGAGGAGCGCGCUCCACCGGUCGCUGCCGCCCCUGGUCCCCCUCGGGCGCCGGGCUUACGCGCGGACCGGCCCUCACAGCUCCGGGUACCCGGGACCCUCGCCCGGCUGCUCGUCCGCAGCCCGCCGGCCGCACACGUCCCCGGAGCCUGGCCUAGGGCGGGCGGCGACGGCUCCGGCCAGGAGAAGUACCGGCUCGUGGUGGUCGGCGGGGGCGGCGUGGGCAAGUCGGCGCUCACGAUCCAGUUCAUCCAGUCCUAUUUUGUAACGGAUUAUGAUCCAAGCAUUGAAGAUUCCUAUACAAAGCAGUGUGUGAUAGAUGACAGAGCAGCCCGGCUAGAUAUUCUGGAUACUGCAGGACAAGAAGAGUUUGGAGCUAUGAGAGAACAGUAUAUGAGGACUGGCGAGGGUUUCCUGUUGGUCUUUCCAGCCACAGAUAGAGGCAGCUUUGAAGAAAUCUUUAAGUUUCAAAGACAGAUUCUCAGAGUAAAGGACCGUGAUGAAUUUCCGAUGAUUUUAAUUGGUAAUAAAGCAGAUCUAGAUCAUCAAAGACAGGUAACACAGGAAGAAGGACAGCAGUUAGCACGGCAACUUAAGGUAACAUACAUAGAGGCCUCAGCAAAGAUUAGGAUGAAUGUAGAUCAAGCUUUCCAUGAACUUGUCCGGGUUAUAAGGAAAUUUCAAGAGCAGGAAUGUCCUCCUUCACCAGAACCAACGCGGAAAGAAAAAGAUAAGAAAGGCUGCCAUUGUGUAAUUUUCUAA